CAAACCACACCUCAUUUGCCUUUAAUCAACAAAAACUGGGCUACAUCUCCAACCUCCAUUAGCAUUGGCAGAACAACCGAAGCAGAUUGAGAUGGCGGUUCUUUCCACGACGAACUGCCACAAACUCCAAAACCAAAAUCCAAGCUUCUUCGCCGGCCGCUGCCAUCAACGGCCCUUUUCUGCUGCUGACUUCAGUAUUCAAUAUAAUCGCCGGAACCUCCGUCGGCCGUUAAUCCUAAGCAAAACGCGCGCCACAUCGAACUCAAGCUCAAACAGCGACCAAGAUGGCGAAGUGGACAAUUUGGGUGUUAAAGCUGCAUUAUCCAUGCUUAAAUUCUACAAACGAGAAAUCUCGCCGCUAUUGCCAAAUAGUUGUCGCUAUUUACCUACAUGUAGUGAGUAUUCCAUGCAAGCUUACAAGAAAUAUGGUGUUGCGAAGGGUACUAUCUUGACUGCUUGGCGUCUCUGUCGCUGCAAUCCCCUUGGUAAUGACAUUGCUCUCCUUCAAAGGGAACUCGCGAGACGAGUGGAUCUGGGUUUGAUCCUCCUCGGUGGUUUGAUGAAGAAAGCUUGCCCGAACCAGAAGAUUGACAAUUUCAAAUGUUGCAUAUAAUUUGUUGUAUUGGCUAAUGUGUUGGUUGAUUGUCGUGCUGUUGGGGGUGAAUCUGUGGGAGCUAAUUCCCUAUGCAGAAUGAAGAAUGUUGUAGAAAUUGGCAUGUUACACCAAUAUUUUUGUAAUUAGGGAAUGCGGAAAUUUGAACCUCCAUGGAGGUAAUACAUGUCACAUAUAAUUAAUGUUCAUGUUCACUUUAGCUAUACAAAUCAUAUUUAAUGUAUAAUAUAUCUGAUUUUGAUUAGAAUUUGUACAUUAUAUAGUAUUUUUCAGUA